AUGCCACUUGGAGGUCCACGACCCAAUCCCAGUCCCAACCCCAAUCUCGCUUCCACGCCUUAUCCGCUUGACAACCCUUCCCAUGCUUCUUCAGAUCCAUAUCUUUCAUCCGAAGUGCCCUCUUACCCCCAUCAAUCCUCCUCUGACAGCGGGACGACACUACCUGAACCCACCAACAGGCGAUAUCCAGGAGAGAUACUAGGGGAUAGUGAAGCCCAAGAGAUAAUGAGAGAAUAUCGUAGAUCUCAAGGUAUAGAUGAAGGCGAUGUAGGUCUAUUAGCACCCACUCGGUUUGAUCAUCAAGGUGAGGGCCAAUACGGAUAUGAUAAUCCAUAUGAACAACAAGAACCAUUACGUUCAAUCUCACCUUCAUUAGGUCCAUGGGAUUCAGCUUCGCAGAGAUCACUUCCAUAUCAUUCCAAUCAUCCUUCAAACUCAAACUCAAACUCGAACUCAAACUCAAACUCGAAUAACUUUCCAUUACCUCAACCUACACACAUACCACUUUCAGCACAACACCAGAAUCAACGACAUCUGCAUAAUGAUAAAGCACCUUCAUAUGGUGGAUUAAGUUAUAUAGAUGAAGAUGGUGAAUAUUACCAUUCUGAUAAACCACGUCCUGCUUCAACGGUUUUAGGUGCUGGUGGUAUGAGAUCAGGCCAGGGUCAAGGUCAAAUUGAUCAAGUUGAGAUGGGAUUAGUCGGAAAUCCACAUUCAAGUGGAGGAAUAGAUGAUCCAUAUCCAUAUGGAUUCUCCAAUGGGUUUGGAAAUACGAAAUAUGGAGGAUCGGGGGAAGGAUAUGAUGAAUCACCUUAUCCUUAUCCACCCAGCAAGAAUAACGGUGGUGGAGGAAUGAAUAUAAGAGGUCCAAAUAACCUUUAUGAUUUCUUACUAUUUCCAACUGGAUUAGACAGACUCCUGGCUUUGUUUGGAGUGAAAAAUGGUCAAUACCCAAUUGAGCAAGCUAUAGAGAGGAAACGAAGAGGUAUAGGAGGACAAAGAUGGCCUGUGGCUGCUUGGGGUCUGGCACUUGUCAUGACAGGUUUGAUGGUAUAUGAGCUGGUUGCAAAUUAUCAAGCUAUGGGCUCACCUAUUGCGGCAAAGCCAAGCUUCAAUCCUAUGAUCGGACCAUCUUCCGAAGUUCUUAUCAACAUAGGAGCAAGAUUUCCACCAUGCAUGAAGAACGUUGAUGCCUUACCUCCCACUUUCGAAUUAGCAUGUCUGAACGAUACUUCGAGUACACCUACAACCGCUUGUAGUAUAGAAGAGAUCUGUGGUCAUGGGGGUUUUCACGGACAAGCUCCAGAUCAAUCCUGGAGAUUUGUUUAUCCCAUUUUUCUUCAUGUUGGUAUUAUCCACUUGAUCCUCAAUAUGCUAGCACAAAUCACUGCCGGAGCUCAAGUCGAACGAGAGAUGGGAACGAUACCAUUCUUGAUAGUAUACAUGGCAGGCGGAAUAUACGGCUUUGUCCUUGGUGGGAAUUUCACAAGAACAGGUAUACCGUCUGUUGGAGCAAGUGGGGCUCUAUUUGCAACUAACGCAUGUGUAUUGGUCGACUUGAUAUUACAUUGGAAAUAUGAGGAAAGACCUAAACUCAAGGCAUUUUUACUAGCUUUAGAAUUCCUCAUUGGGUUCGGUAUAGGUUAUAUUCCAAAUGCAGUAGAUGGUUUAGCUCAUCUUGGUGGCUGGGCAAUGGGUAUCUUGCUUGGAGUUAUACUGUACCCAUCCAUAUCGGAAACAAAGCGACAUCGAUAUAUACUUUGGGCUGUAAGAGUCAUAGCGUUCGUGCUGGCCAUCUUGGCCUUUGUAUUGACUAUCAAGAAUUUCUAUACUGAUGAUCCCAACGCUGCUUGUGAAUGGUGUAGAUACCUUUCUUGCAUACCAACGAGCUCCAAUGAACAUUGUACAGGCACUGGCAUAACGGUGACCAAUACAACAACUACUAAACGAUCCUGGGACCUGCUUUAA